AUGACCUCAUUGAUUGAACAUUUAAUCUUUUACAGAUCCUACCAUUUUAACCAUACCAAUGUGGCAAUUCACUUGGUUUGUAUCCCCAUCAUUUUGUUAUCAGCAUAUGCAUUCUUGACCCCUGUUACUUUGCCAUUUAUCUCGUCGAAUCCACUGGUCAAUGUUGGUAAUGUUGCUGCUUGGGCGUAUGGAUUGUAUUACAUUUCAUUAGAUUGGAAGGUUGGUAUUCCAUCGGCAUCUUUUAUAAUUGCCUAUGCCCAUUAUGUUGGCAACUAUUACAGAUCAUUAUCGGCAACUACUUCACCAACUUCAAGUGAAUUUGUCAAUUAUGCAAUUGCCGCUCAUAUUUUUGCUUGGUUAGCUCAAUUUUACGGUCAUGGGGUGCAUGAAAAAAGAGCACCUGCUUUGCUCGAUAAUUUGUUGCAAGCAUUGGUAUUGGCACCAUUUUUUGUUGCGUUUGAAAUUGCAUUCUUUUUAGGUUUUAAAAAAGAUUUGAAAAAGACAAUGGAUAAUGAAGCUGGAAAGAGAGUGAGAGAUUUCAAAUUGAAGGGCAAAGCGCAAAAGGCCAAAUCUCAAUAA